AUGUGGAAAAGAACAAAGAACACGGGGCAGACCAGACCAUGUUUUUCCAUUGUUCACCAGUACAUUCAGCGUUUCAAUGAAGUGUCUGGCAACAAACCAGCUGCUGUAAAGAAAAGAUCCAAGACCCCUGGGGUGAUGAUCACACAGUAUGUAGUGAACUUGCCAGAGGGUAAAAUCACCCCUGAUUUCCAAUGCAUACCAGUCCCUGUUACCAUCAACGAAGGAAAAACAGCCAUCUUCAAAGCUGUUGUGACAGGAGAUCCAAAACCAGAUGUAUCAUGGCGAAGAACUAAAGGAACUCUUUCAGAUAAGGAAAAAUUUCAAAGAAAAUAUGAAGACUCAACCGGGGAAUACAUAUUGGAGAUUCACAAAGUGACCCAUGAAGAGACUGAUACAUACAAGUGCUAUGCUGUGAAUGAAUAUGGGAAAGCUGUCUGCACAACCACAUUAAAUGUGAUUGAUGCUUCAACAAAUCCUACAGAUUUCAGAAAAUUGCUAAAGAAAAGUAAAGCUGAAAAGGCAGAUGGAGAAAAUGAUGUAAGAUUCUGGGAUGCGAUGCUGAAUGCUGACAGAAGAGACUAUGAGAGCAUCUGUUCUCAGUAUGGUGUUGCAGACUUACAGUUGGUUCUCAAGAAGCUUGAAGAGAGAAAGAAAGAGAGAAAACAAAAUUUGCUCAAGUGUGGAGAUGAAUCUGUCAAUGUGAACCGUCAAAACUUAAUCAUGUGCCAACUUGAAGUGGAUGAAUCCAGUGGGAAUAAAAAGGUCAAAGAGUCAGUCAGGAGUGAAAAAGAAAAAAAGAAGGUCCAAUGGAAUGAUCAUGACUCUGAAUCUGGUGAUAAACAUGUAGAUGUAGACCAGAACCACAUUUCAAACAUGAGUCAACAUAAAAAUUAUGGAUCGAGUGGAAAUGAAAUGUUGGAAACAAUGGUGACAAAUGAGAACAAAACAGAGGUGUUCCAAGAAUCUGUGGCUGGUCUAAAUGAACAAGCAGGGGACAAUGAAGAGGAUGAGCCAUCAGGCAAAAGAAAGCAUAGAGGAAAUUCAAAGCAAUGCUUAAAGUCAAAAGACGAAGAUGGAAGUGUGAUUCCUGGAGACCACUGCGAGUAUGAUCAGACUGAGGAUGUCAGUGAUUCUACCAAUACGAGACAUAAAAGGCAAAGCCCAUUGACAGAGGACUCACUGAGUGGGGUUCAGUUCAUCUGGGGUUUGUCAGAUGUUGGCGCCAUCGUCAAUGAGACCGCCGAGUUAACAUGUAAGCUCAGUUGUGAGGACUGUCCAGGGGUCUGGUUCAGAGAUGGUAAAAAGAUAUCCCCAGAUGACAAUUUUAACAUUAUCAAAGAUGGACCAAUCCACAAAUUAGUAAUUAGGAAGUGCGAUGAACUCCACUCCGGGAAAUACCGAUUUGAGGCAGAUGGCCGCAAAACAGAAGCAAUGAUCAACGUCAAAGAUCCCCCCAGAUUUGACCAUGAACAUCUGCAUGUCUUUACUGAACCUAUGACAGUUAAAGUGGGACAGAGUGCCGUUUUCAAACUGCAAUUUGUUGGACGUCCACCCAUAAAGAUUCAGUGGCACAGAGAAGGUGAAGAGCUCCAAGAUGAAAGCAAUACAAAAAUAGAGAAAUCUGCAGGUCACAGCCGCCUGCUUCUGAGCAGGUGCCAGAGGAAAGAUACUGGAGAGAUUAGAAUCAAGCUCAAGAAUGAACACGGCUUCGCUGAGGCAGUCUCACACCUUAUUGUACUUGACAAACCAUCUUCCCCUCUUGGUCCUGCAGAAGUAACUGAGAGCUCAGCUAACAGUAUUGAAUUUAAGUGGCGGGCCCCAAAGGAUGAUGGUGGCUCACCGGUGAGUCAAUACAUACUGGAGCGUCAGCAAGUGGGACGAAACACAUGGAAAAAAAUUGGGGAAACACCAGGUGCGCCCAGUUACCGCGACACGGAUGUAGAACGUGGACGGAAAUAUUGCUACCGCAUCCAAGCUGUGACAUCUGAGGGCACAAGUGACGUGAUGGAGACUGAUGAAAUGCAAGCUGGCAAAUUUGCAUUACCUGGUCCUCCGUUGCCGCCGAAGGUGGUCAGCGCUUUUAGUGACUGCAUAACCCUUUCCUGGGCUCCGCCCAGUAACACUGGGGGUUCACGAAUCCUGGGCUAUGUCCUGGAGAAGAGGAAGAGGGGAAGUAACCUCUGGACUGUUGUCAAUACCGUUGAUCCAAUUAAAGAGAGAACAUAUUCAGUGAGGGAUGUUGUGGAAGGCAUAGAAUAUGAAUUCAGAGUUUCUGCCAUAAACCUCUCGGGAACUGGGGAAUUUAGCAACGCCUCAGAGUUUGAAUUCGCACGGGACCCGAAGAAGCCUCCUGGUAAAGUCACAGGCCUGAAAGUGACAGAAACGUCUUACACCAACAUAAUCCUGACUUGGAUUAAACCCGAGGAGAAACCUGGUUUCCAAGAUGAGGCUAAAGGAUAUUUUGUUGAGAUUAGGCAGACAGAUUGCAUUGAAUGGUACCGCUGUAACAGCACCUCCAUUGUCACGACCUCCUUCAACGUCAGAGGCCUUAAGUCCAUGGACAUGUACUGGGUGAGAGUGAUUGCUACAAAUGAUGGAGGAGAGAGUCCCCCCGAGGAGCUGCCAAAAUAUGUCGUCGCAAUGCCUUCAGCUGUCAGGCCAAAGUUUACAAAAAACAAGAUGAAGAGUUUCAUGGUGGUGAGGGCUGGAAACUCUGUCAGGAUCACCGUGAACUUUGAGGCUUCUCCACAGCCAGAAAUAAUGUGGUUAAAGGACAAUGUGCCAGUUUUCAAGCGUGUUACCAUCAGCAACUCUGAUGGAUCAACCCAGCUGUUGAUACCAUGCUCCGAGCACUCCGAUUCAGGCAUCUACUCCGUUUUAGUGAAAAAUGUUGCAGGACAGGAAACAUUCAAUACAGAUGUUAGGGUUACAGAUGAUCCAAAGCCUCCCGGAGCAGUGGCAUUGGAAGAAAACGUUCCUGGCACAGUAACCGUGAUCUGGGAACCUUCUCCAGAUGAAAAGCGUGAUGAUCGUCUCCACUACACCGUGUCCAAACUGGACUCUACUAAGCACACAUGGACCAUGGUGGCUGACAGGCUUUUCAAUAACAGGUUCACCAUUUGCAACUUAAUGCAUGGGAGGGAAUACCAUUUCCGUGUGUAUGCCAAAAAUGACAUUGGCAUAUCCGAACCCUCGUUGUCACCAACAUGGGGAAUAGAGAAGAAGAAAGAAAAACUUGUUUCACGUGAACCAACAAGCAAACACUGUGAUUUACAAUGUGCUCCAUCCUUCAUGGUACCUUUGAAGCUUCACACUGCCCCCAAGGGGUAUGAAUGCCACAUGAGCUGCGCAGUGAAGGGAAACCCCACACCCCGAAUCACAUGGUAUCGAAAUCACAUCAGUAUAAACACCGAUGCCAACUACUACAUCUACAAUACCGUCGGCGUGUGCUCCAUGCGAAUCCUCUGUGUGGGUCCCAAAGACAGCGGAGAGUACACUGUCGUUGCAGAAAACAGUUUAGGACGAGCUGAAUGCUCCACUGUGCUCAGAGUGAGAGAAUGA